AUGUCACGCCGCAAUGAGUUCACUGGUUAUACACCACAGACGGCCAAUCCCGGUGCCCAACAGCACCAGACCCAUAGUCAGCAGCAUCAUCAGCAGCUGCCCCAGCACCAGGGUCAGGCUCACCAGUCGUCCCAUGGAGGAGCGCACGCGCAACACGGACACCACCAGAAUCAUCAGCAGUCCCAUCCGUCUCAGCAGCAUCAUGCAACUCCGGUUCCUCCUCCCAUGACUAUGACACAGCCUACCGUUGCGCCCUCUAAUCAGUCCACCCCUACCCCAACCCCGGCAGCAGCUCCGCCCCGCGGUCGUAAGCGAGCCGCUCCGGCCCAUUCGCAGCAGCACGCCCCCGCUACCGCUCCGACAACUCCUGCCCCGGCCGCUGCCACCACCACGUCUGCCGCGCCGACCACCCCCGUCCCAGCCUCAGCUGCCACUCCAGUGUCCGCCCCGGCCGCACCAGCCAUGCAGGUCACCCCGGUCGCUCCGCCGUCGGUUCCGGCCAAGGAGGAGGCUAGCACUCCGGCUGCCCCACCCCCGGCCAAGAAGAGCCGUACCAACACGCCCUGGACGCCGGCCGAGGAGCUGCGCCUGAAGCAGAUGCGUGAUGCCGGCAACAGCUGGGCCGAGAUUGCCAAGACUUUCCCUACUCGUACCGAAGGUAGUGUCAAGAAGCAUUGGUAUAAGGACAUGCAUUAUGCCGAGUUUGCCGAGGAUGAGAGCCAAGCCCUCCUCAGCGCCAUCAAGGACUAUGAGAACAACAAGUGGAAAACUAUCGGCCAGAAAGUCGGCAAGCCUGCCAAGGCAUGCGAGCAAUACGCCAAGGAGCACUUCCCCGAGCUAUUCGCUACACAGAAGGCAUGUUAA